AUGAGUGAUGCGGCAAUAAGUAGAGUCAAUCACGUGGCAUCAGCAGUUGAUUCAACGGUUGAUGUUGCCGGAACAACAAACAGUCGGGCUGGAGAAUCAACGAGUCAACCGCAACACCACAGCGAAGCAGGAUCGCAUCAUGCAACAGCUCCUCUGGAGGCAUUCAGCGCAGAUUCAAAUACUACUGAUGUACCGUUACCAUCUGAAUUGAAACGAUUAUUGCACGAAGUAGCGAAAACAAGCGCCUGCCCUUGGUUGUCUUGGGAUCAAGAAAUGUCAAUCUCAGUACCACCGUCUACUUCUUUGGCGCUCGCAUCCAAACCAUCAGCGAGGCAAUUUCCCAGAGCAUCACAGGGACCCCCUCGGAAAAAGCACAGAAAUGGAGUGCACAAAAACGGGAAAAGAAGGUCUUCGGAGACCCCACUGAAAAGUGCAAGUUCCCGCAAGCGUCCAUUAGGUUUUGUAAGAACCAGUCCCCCCGCAGUGGCGACCAAUUCCAACAACAUUUCGUCGGCGCUGAGUUCGGUGGGCAGUGGACGCACCUCUGGAAGUGAGCCCGACAAUGAUUCCACACAUUACGAAUGCGACUCCGAAGGCACCUCUACCACUUCCAACAGCGAAAUGAGUGUGGAACGCCUGCGGAAAUCACAGUUCCUACUCCAGCAACAACAGCAAUCGAAAAGUCACAGAACGAGUAUUGCAUCGAUGGAAUCCCACAAUGAAACGUUGUCGCCCUAUCCAUACAAAACCUUACAAGAGGCCUUUCGAACCGCCCUCGCGAUUGUUCUGGAUCACUUUUACAGACACCGGGGUGGGUACAAACCAUCUGCAACCGAGAAAGUUGUCAAAUGGAACGACGAGGAAAAGAAAGCACAGGCACAACCGGCGGAAGCGGUAUACCAGCAGCGACGCCAACGGUUACUAAAUAUGUUAGAGUCGUCAGAUACCGGGGUGUCAUUUCGGCGGCAAGAAGCGGUUGUCGGUAGUACUACUAGCAGCGGCGCUCCAUUUACCAUUCAACGAAUUGCUGAAGUUUUGCUAUCACCUGAUCGAUACUAUACACAAACACACAAGCUUUGUAAUUGCUUGGAAAAGCUACUAUUAGUAAGGUCUUCAUCGGAGGCAUUUGGAGGGAGUACGGGAGGCGACACUUCACAGAGUCGAAGAGAAGAACGGGAAAUGGCAGCACUUGCUGAUGAAAAGGGGCGACAGGAUUUUGCAUUGCGCCAUAGGCGUUUGAAACUGGGAGUCCCAUCUCCUACCAACGACAACAAUACUGAUUCGAUGCAAGAUGGUGUUGCCAAGGGGGGGAUGCCAAAGGACGAAAGUGGUCUAAACGAAAAUGGCAAACGAACAAUGUCCAAAGACAAGAAACUGCCCGCGUAUUAUGGACUGAGUGAAGCAGCACAAGGGAAGAAGGCUGACAAGGUGACAUUCGAAGAUGCUACUCGAGAGCAAUUGGAGGCUGCCGCACGAGCAUCAUUGCGGAACAAGUUUGAUCAUGUUGGAAUUGAUCCUCAUCAUCAUUCACAAGACCGAGAUGUCUUGGCCAUGAGUGAAAGCAGACGAAUGACGAAUUCUCCUCCGCCGCCUAGUUUGGCGAUGCCUCCAGCACCUGCUAGUAUUGGUUUGCCAGGGCAUCCCGGGUCGCCAGGUGGUUUUUCACGGCAACAUCAUCAUCAUGGAGAUCAGGCCGGGGAUAAUCAUUUAGCAAGGGUUCCGUCACCUAUUUUGUUCUCUCCUGGUAACGAGACAUCACUACACGCCGCUGCAGCUGCGCCUACCAACAUGCACAUGCUGCAAAUACAGCAUGCCGUAGGCUUGAGCGGGGUCUCACUUGCAAGAGGGACACCGUCUUCAUUGGAGCUGAUGGGGAUUGAUGGGGCGGUGCGACAGCAAAGUAAUUUGGCGAAUUCUGUAGACAAUACCGACGGUCGAUCUUCUGCAUCCAACUCUGACGUCGACUCGGAAUCCGACGAUAUAUCAUUGGAUGACUCGGCUUCGGAUCGAAGUGAUAGCUCGGAUUCAGGGUCAGUGACUCAUUACGAACCGUACACAGCUGCACGAGCCAUGGCUUUGAACCGAAUGCAGCAACAACAACGGCUACAUAGUCGAGUAUUGACAUCCAUUAACACGCAGCAACCAGAAGGCUUUCGACUACCUGCAGACUCCGAGUACCAAAGCGGAGAUAGUAUUGAUUCCACACGUGCAGAAGAUUCGGGGGGAAGUGAUUCGUCAUUCAGUGACAUGGCGGAUUAG